GGCGCCCAUCCCGCCGUCCCCGUGGGGACCGGGGGAGCCCCCGGGUCGGGUGUUCGCGGCCUCCCCCGCCGCGAGCCUGGGCCCGGGCCGGGAGCCGUGCGGCGGGGUCGGUGGGCAGGGCCCCGGCAGCCCUGUUCGCGGCCUGGCCGCUCGCUCGGGGCCGGCUGUGGCGGUGAGCUUCCGGCGGCUGCUGUGCGGCCGCUGUGCGACCGCAGGAAAUCGGAAUAGAGCCGGGGGAGCCUUUUGGUUAAAGGACUUGUGUGAAAUGGUUGUCAUAUGCUGAUCUCCAGCUUGGAUUGCCUCGUUGCUGCACGUUGAGAACUUUGUGAAAAGCCGGAAGUCAAGAUGAAGAGCAGGGUGACACAAGUAAAUCAUGGUUCCAGUCAUGACAGGAAGGAAAACUACAGUUCCCGACAUGAAAGUUUGUCUCCAGAGGACAGGGAUAUGGAGCGUGAUAGGUCUCGGUCUCCGUCUCCCAGGAAGAGGAGAUACUCUGAUGACAGCAGAUAUGAUGAGGAAUAUUCAAGACGAGAAUACUAUGAUGACAGAACUUCAGAUGGAAGAAGGUCGGAAAGGGGGAGAGACAGACACUAUGAGAGAUGGGAGGACAGAGAAUACGAUCGAAGAAAGCAGAGACGAUACUCAUCACCUGACCGCAGGAGUCCAGAGAGGUCGACAGGCCAGAGCUCACUUGCUCAUGAUGAGACCACCUCAAAGAAGAAGAAAGAAGAAGUGGAUCCAAUCCUCACUCGCACAGGUGGUGCAUAUAUACCACCUGCCAAGCUCAGGAUGAUGCAAGAGCAAAUCACUGAUAAAAAUAGCUUGGCAUACCAGAGGAUGAGUUGGGAAGCAUUGAAGAAGUCGAUCAAUGGUCUUGUCAAUAAAGUGAACGUUUCUAAUAUAGAAAACAUCAUUCAUGAGCUCCUUCAGGAGAAUAUUGUUCGGGGAAGGGGAUUGCUGUCUAGAUCCAUUUUGCAAGCUCAGAGCGCCUCUCCGAUUUUUACUCAUGUUUAUGCAGCACUUGUGGCAAUCAUCAAUUCCAAGUUUCCAAAUAUUGGUGAAUUGAUCCUCAAGAGGCUGAUACUGAAUUUUCGUAAAGGGUAUCGCAGAAAUGACAAGCAACUCUGUCUAACAUCUUCAAAAUUUGUUGCACAUUUGAUGAAUCAGAAUGUGGCUCAUGAGGUUUUGUGUUUGGAAAUGCUCACUUUGCUACUUGAAAGGCCUACUGAUGACAGUAUUGAAGUAGCAAUUGGAUUUAUUAAAGAAAGUGGGCUCAAAUUAACAGAAGUUUCUCCUAGAGGUAUUAAUGCAAUCUUUGAUCGCCUUCGACACAUUCUGCAUGAAUCUAAAAUUGACAUGCGUGUUCAGUACAUGAUAGAAGUCAUGUUUGCUGUACGGAAGGAUGGCUUCAAGGAUCAUCCAAUCAUUCCAGAGGGAUUAGAUCUAGUGGAAGAGGAGGAUCAGUUUACUCAUAUGUUGCCAUUGGAAGAUGACUACAACCCAGAGGAUGUUCUUAAUGUUUUCAAGAUGGAUCCAAACUUUAUGGAAAAUGAAGAGAAAUACAAAAUGCUGAAGAAAGAAAUUCUUGAUGAAGGUGACACUGAAUCUGAAGGAAAUCAAGAAGCUGGAAGUAGUGAAGAAGAUGAAGAAGACGAUGAAGAGGAGGAUGAGGAUGGUCAGAAGGUUACUGUCCAUGACAAAACAGAAAUUAACCUGGUCUCCUUCCGUCGUACAAUUUAUCUGGCUAUUCAGUCAAGCUUAGACUUUGAAGAAUGUGCUCACAAACUGCUGAAGAUGGAUUUCCCUGAAAGUCAGACUAAAGAACUCUGCAAUAUGAUACUUGACUGCUGUGCUCAGCAAAGAACAUAUGAGAAAUUCUUUGGGUUACUGGCAGGGCGUUUCUGCAUGCUAAAGAAAGAAUAUAUGGAGUCCUUUGAAGCCAUUUUCAAGGAGCAGUACGAUACCAUUCAUCGUCUGGAAACGAACAAACUGAGGAACGUGGCCAAGAUGUUUGCUCAUCUCCUGUACACCGAUUCAAUUCCCUGGAGUGUCCUUGAAUGUAUAAUACUGAGUGAAGAAACUACCACAUCCUCCAGUAGAAUUUUUGUCAAAAUAUUCUUUCAGGAACUCAGUGAAUAUAUGGGACUUCCAAAUUUAAAUGCAAGAUUAAAAGAUGUGACACUGCAGCCUUUCUUUGAGGGAUUAUUGCCUCGGGAUAACCCAAGAAACACUCGCUUUGCCAUCAAUUUCUUCACUUCCAUUGGCCUUGGAGGACUAACGGAUGAAUUACGGGAACAUCUUAAAAAUGCACCGAAGUUGAUCAUGACACAGAAACAAAAUGUUGAGUCAUCAGAUUCCUCCUCAUCUUCAGACACAGACUCUUCCUCAGAUUCUGAUUCUGACAGCAGCAGUAGCAGCUCAGAGUCAUCGAGCAGCAGUGACUCCUCAUCUAGCAGUGACAGCAGCAGUGACUCAGAUGCUUCUAAAGCCAAAAGGAAGAGAAUGCAGAAGAAAAACAGAGAAUCUGAUAAAGUUUCCAGGAAAAAACAAGAAAGGAGAAGGAAAUCGCUUGAAAAGAAAAGUGGAAGGAGGCAGCAAGAGGAAAGAAGUGAUACUGAGAGCAAAUCAGAAAGAAAUCACCGACAUUUAAGAGAAUCGCACAGGAGAGAUGAUGUUUCAAAGUACCACCACAGAGAUGAAUCCAACGGCAGAGAUGGUUACCACAGCGGAAGGGAUAGGAACCAUGAAAGAAGUAAGGAUGCAGAAAAUAAACACAGUAAUUCCAAACUGAAGAAAGCAGAAAGAAGAGCUUCUGUGUCUGACGAUGAAAAUUACAGACAUUGGAGCAAAGACGAUGGACAUCGCAGUAGGAAAAGAGAGAGAUCCAAGUCCCGCGAGAGGGAGCGCGGCCGCUGCAGCCCACGGGAGGAGCAGGAGCAGGAGGAGCGCUCCAGGAACGGCUCGGAGAGGCAGCGGGACAAGCACAGCCGGCACCCCGAGCAGCACAGGGAGUCCCGCUCCCACAGGAGCGACCACAGGCGCAGGGAGAGCUCCCCGCACCGGCGGAAAUGAAGCCCGGCCCCCGAGGCGAUCAAGGUGCAUUUCUGAGCUGGUAGAACUGUAUUUUAAAAUCUAUUGCUGAAGUUUCUUUGAAAAGAAGAUUUUGUACAAAGUGAUAGUUCACAUUUGUAAAUUUUACCAGACUUUUUUCAAAUUUUCAGUAACGCUUUUUUAUAACUGUAUCAUUGACUCUUUCUGUUAUGUUCUUUGUUUGGAAAGACAAAGCUCUUUUAUUUUGUGAAUAAAACAGUAAGAUACCAGCAAAUUGGGUAUUUUGUCAUUUAGUUUCAAGUAUUUCUAAUUGUAACUUCACAAUCUAAAAAACCAUUGGUUUUUAACUUCACUUGUUAAUUGAAAGCCAGGUGCUGAGGCUGGGGUGUUAAUGUAAGAAUUUCAGACUACAACGUGAAUGUUACAUGAGAUAACGAUAAAAUUUUUGAACAGGCAUUCUAUAUCUGCAUGUUCUUUCAGCCUUGCAAGCAUGAAAGCCUUUUGACCAAAUUCUUCAGGAAAUACUCAGUUGAUUUUUUUCUUCAAGACUUAAAAAUUGAAAACACAAUGUUGCUGUUUUAAAUGUCACAUGUGAAAGUGUGUCAGCUUGUUCUGUGACUUUUCACAAUGUUUUUUAAUAUUGUGACAUCCUGAGCUAGUUACACUUGUGAUCUUUUUGGAAAAAGGGUUGGUUUGGUUUUUAUUUUUUCAGUUGUGACUUUGAUUUCCAAGUCUUAGUCUUCAACUCUAUCCCUACGCUGGAACAUUUAAAGAACCUCUUUUACAGUAUAUAAAAAAACAAGAAAGCAAAACAGGAGAUGUUUCAAAUCUUUUUAGAUGUUUUGAAGUGCUCAAGUUUUUUGGAGGCAGAGUUCAGAAAAAACAACGCUUAGUUAUUGCACCACUUUAUGUUAUAAAAUUGUUCUCUCUGGGGUCAUGAGCUACAAUUCACAGAGUCUUGAUUUCAUGAGAAAUUAAUCAAAAUCAUCUGGUUAAGACUAAUUCUCAAUAGUAAGUUACAGAAAAAUCUGUAAAUUGUCAGAAUUGAAAUAGGAAAUAGUGUGGGGGCAUGAUCAAUAGGAAAGAGGUGGUAGUUGCAGAUUAUGCAGUUAUUGUUGCUGUAUGACAACAUUUCUUUUUUACUUGUGAAAUGAGCACAAUCGCUGGACAAAAGAUAACUUUCACAUUUCAUGUGUAAAUCAUAUUUCCUGUAUAAAGCAAAAGAAAUACAUUUGAGCUGUUUUAUAACAGAAAGUAGAACCAUUCCUAAGGAAAUAUAUCUGUUUUGCUUAGAUCUUGUCACAGCAUUUUUCUAAGAAAAAAUGUCUAUUUUAUUUUUUUUCUAUAUUUGACAGAAUUUAUUUCUGCAACCUUACACGUAAAAAAAUGUUUUCAGCCAAAAACAUUUUCAUAGAAAAUAAAUUUAUAUUGCAGAAAAAAAAGAUUUCUAUCUUGUUAAGGCACAUAGCUAAAAAUACUUUGGUGGCAUCAUGUGUUACAUGUUUAAACUGUUGGCUUUUUGCCCAAUGCACAUCUCAUUUUAAAAUGAUGUGUGCAUUUUGGCAGUGUGUUAAAUCCACAAAAACUUAAUUUAAAAGAAUGUUUUCUAAAGAGAAUUCUGCUAAUUCUUAUGCUCCUUUGAUAGCUCUGUAUGCACAUUAUUGAAAAGAAUCUGUACUCCAUAAUGGUGUAAUUACACAAGCUUACUUAAUAUAUCCUACAUCAAUACUUCCCUUAAUAUGUUAUGGGUUUAAUAGCCUAUAUUUUAUUAACCCAUAACGUUUGAGAUAUUCUGAUCUAGUUAAAAAGUUUGUUAAUGACGCCUUUAAUAAAUGGAAAUAAAUUAAAACAAUACAUGUGAAAACAUGUAACAUUUAUUCUGCAGCAUCCUGUGCCAGCAGUCCAGUGUUUUACUGUAGAGUAUCUGUAAAAGCAAGUUUCUUCUAUAGCCUCUGCCUGAUCACUUGAAUUUGCUAAUUUGUGAUGUGUUUUCCUUGCUAUGUUGUGUGUAAUUUUAUAGACCUAAACCUGUAUAUUUGCUGUUUUUCUUUUCUAGAAGUUAAAAUUCACCCGCAGGCUCACCUUGUGCCAGUCUGCUCUAUAGACUUGUCCUCCUGCCCUUUAUUUAUUUUACUGUGUAUUUUACAAGGGAAAGAAGUCAAAAUACUCUGUAGUAUUCAAAAUGAGGGUAUUCCAGGAGAGGCACAGUACCAUGGGAGUUUUUGGAGUGGUCACUUCUCAGUUGCUGUACAGCUGAGUGACACUGGGUGGUCUGGGCUUGCUUUCCGUAGCUGAUUGUAGACCCCACACAGUAAAGGAGUGACUUGUGCCUCUUGUCUGCAAUUAAUACUGGAGCUCUAGGUUGUGACUGGAACCACAGUUUUGGCAGAAAAACUUCAAGAAGCAGAGUUCCUGUGAUUUUCUUUACUGUUUUGUUCAGUUCUUAAUUCUUGAUACUUAAAACCAAGGUUGAAACACCUUGGCCUUGGCUUGGGGGAUGAGUGGUAGAGGAAUCUAGCAGACUUGACUGUGCAUCAGAGAUUUGUGGGAAGGAAUUUUUGAUGACCUCCUCUGAUAUUGCAUGCUUAAAUUUUAGCUUUCAAAUGUGGUUGUAACAUCCAUGUCAGAUACAGCGAGAGGCUGCAUCCCUUUCCUAGGAGUGCGUGGCCAAGUUCCUGAAUUUCCUCACAGUGGUGGUGUGAGGUGUUAAAGAGAUGAGCUGCUGACGCACCCAGCAAAUUCCUGUUGGUGGAGGAAUAAAUCUUGACUGAAGCAUUUGUGGUAUUGGUAAGAACUGUAAUUCUGCUCUCUAGCUAUAUUUGGAGCAAGGUCUCCAAGUGUGGCUGUUCAUAUGCUCAAAUCUAAAGCGUGUUUUUUUGUGGGGAGGAAAAAAGACUACCGCUGUUCAGGCCACAUUGUUACAUAAAUCAUCAAAAUACAGCCUCACAGCAUGAAAGCAGACAAAUUUUGGGAAAAAAAAGUAUGUUUUAAAUACAUCUAAAUUACCUGUAACAGAUGAUGCUUUCAAAAGUACUUUUAGUUGCUGUUUAAGCAACAUUGCACCUUCAGAUAGCAGAUAGUUCAUCUCCAGGUCUGCAAAGGAAUGGAGGCAUGACUACAAUAACGUUUUUCUGCUUGUGUUAUGUUAAGUGAAUUUUAUAGUCAGAUCAAUCACUUACAUACUGAAAUUUAAAUUCAGUUUUUGAAUAUUACUGGUAGUACUAACUAGAUGUUGAUGGUUCAGUAUUUUAACUUAGGAGCAUGGUGUUCUCUAAUUUACUUGAGGUUCUAGUAGCAUAGCUUUUCUUGCCUUAAAUCCAGGGUGUACUCUAAAAUAGCUUAGUACAUGUCAGACUCCCAAAAAAUACGUGAGCUAGGGUGAAUGCUUUAAUCUCCAGUAGCAAUUUAAAUGCCUGCCUGCUAUUACAUUGGUACAGUUUUAUGAAUAUAAAAGAAAACAAUAGCUUAUCCUCAUUCAUCAUUCUUAAACUACUUUGAAUUGUCUGUCGCUGCUGAGGAAAGCAUAAGGCUAAUUGUCUCAGACAAUCUAAAAGAGCAGGAGUCUGUUAUUACGUGAGUAGAGAAUUUUCUCCAGUUACUCUAAUAACAUCCAAAGAGUAGGGAGACCUGUCCUUCAAUUUAUUUUCAGUAAGAUUAAGUAUAUUUUUAAAGGUGUUUUAAAUUUGUCAAAACAUUUUUUUAAGAAACUGUGAAAUCAAAAGGCAGACUAUAAGGGGGUAUUUUUAUUAAAACUAAAGUGAAUUAUAGGUUAAAAGAGGCAGGAGCAAAACCAACUUCAUAAACUGGAAAAACUUUAGGUCAGUUCAGAGAUGUUCUGCUCUUUUUUAGGUUUUCCUCAAGUCUGUAAUUUGGCUGAGACUAGUUAGGGAUUUUCUUUUCUUGUCUACUCAUGGAUGUCAUCAAGCAUUUUCCCUUAACUUAAAAAACAAAGGGGGGUAGAGGAUGCAGCUUAAAACCUUGGUAUUGUUGGCCGGUAAAAGGUUUGUUAGGCCAUCAAACAGACAAGUCCAUUAAGAAAGUUAACUGCCAUCUUUUGACUGUUCAAGCUAUGUCCAUUUGAGUAUUUUUUCUCAUUAUUUUGUGAAAUAAAGAAGGCACCAAAAUCUUUCCUGAGGGAGAAAAUAAGGUGCGACAUUCCUUAAGAUGGUGAAGGAAGGAGCAAGGAUGUGUAAGAGGAUGUAAAGCUCCAUGAGAGAAUUUGUUUCCAGUGUCAGGGUGCCCAUGACAAGUAAGAAGUGAAGUCAGAGCUGUUUGUGCCAGGGCUGCUGGCACAGGUGUCUGGGUAUAAUGCUGGUUGGUUUUCACUUGGUGAGUGGUACUGUUCCUUAAUUACUUUACCAAAAUCUUAAUGAAAUUGUUCUUAACCAAAUCACUCUCUCUGGAAAAUUGGCGAUCCCUUGGCUUUUUUUCAAUGGCUCACCUAUUGCUUUUGAGGCACUUUAAGCUCUUUUCACAAAUCUCUUGGGAAAUUUCAUAUUCAGUUUUUUUUUUAUAUUCUAAAAAGCUGUGUAAGAAUUCCUUCAUUACUACCUUACCUAGAAUUUGGUAUAACUUGAAGAUUCCUUGUAUUUUCAAGACCCUGUGAAUAAGCUCACAUCAUCCUGAAACUGAAACUUCAGCACCUUUUUUUUUGCCCUGGAAUAAUAUUUAAGGUAAUUGGAGUAAUAGUCAUUGAUUUUAAAAGGAGAGGAGUAAGAUGUUUGAUGUAGUCACUUACAGAUGCUGCUGCAUUGACUGUAUUUGUUUUGCUCAGUGCUCUCAUUAGGCUUUUCUUCAUUUUCUCCUGCUUUACUUAAGAGUUUUUUUCAUUUUUUUCCCUGUCCCUUUUGAACUUUAUUAUCACAUGCAGUGUUAGCCAUUUAGAAAAGUAUAAUGCCACAAAUACAUUAAAAAUUUACCAUAUAUCACUUGCAUAAUGCAUCAAAAAAUAGUCUUUAAAGGACAGUUUGGCUGAAGGAACAGUGUGUGUCACACCUACAGUAAAGACCAAGCAUGCUGCUUGGCUUCUGCUUACCUCAGAAUAAUGAAUUACAGGACAAUUGCAAAUUUUAUGAGGUUAAUCAGGCUUCCAUUUGUUAACAUUCCUUUCUGAUUGCCUUCUUUUUGCACUGCCUUUAUUAGGAAGAAGCAUCAGUAAAGUUUUACAGGUUUCUGAAUUUGGAUAAAGAGAUUUUGUGUCUGCCAAUGUGCCCUCAGAGGAGCCACAGUGGUAUUAAGUAACUGCAGGAAAAGUAAAGAGGGAUCAACAUCCAGCAGAGAAUUGAAUCCCAUAGUCCUCUGUGUGUCUGUAGGGAAUGCCGAGAGUUGGUAUUUUAGUCUUCUGACCAUAAACACUCCUGCAGCAGUUUAUGGAGAGAGCUGUGCACCAGUCAGCUGGUUUAUCCAUCACUUCCACCUGGGUAGGGCUCUCACAAGAGAGGUGCAUCCUACUGUGCCCUGCCUUUCCCAGCACUGCAAAGUGCAGAGCUGGUGUUAUGCUGCUGCGCAUUUUGCUGAUUGUUGCUCUACUAACAUCUCAAGUAAGAUAAGCAGGAGGUCUGGGCAGCUGUUCCUGCACACUGAGGAUCCACAAUGGCUGCUUGAACUCGUCUGCCAUGGCUGCUUUAGGGGUCAUAAGCAGAGAACCCCUCAGCGUACAUUGAACUGAAAGAGCCUCUCUUGGCUAUAGAGAGCCCAGAAGGAAUCUCUUCAUUACACCAAAGCUCGCUUUUGCAAAUACUUUCCUCCUUUUCUCCUUUCCUCCUCUACUCCUUCAUCCUCUUCCUGGUUUUCGGUUAUAAGUGAAUGUCUUUAUGGGAAAUUGUGAAGUGUCCCAGUUUUUUAUUUGAUAAAUUAGAAGAAAGUGGGAAAAACAGUGUAGUCCAGCAGUGCUGCAGGAAGAAGGAUUCCACUGACAGUUAGGUAGCUGACAGCAAUCUUGUGUUUUGCUGUUUCAGUCCUAGUGAGACUGCCCUCCUCCCUUUCACACCACCACUCCUGACAGCUAGGAGCUUUAAACACACUUCUUCACAGAAAUGCAUGCCAACACAUCUCUUUUAAACUGUCCUCCCCUUCCCAUCUCCCAGGUGUCCCUCUAAAAGAAAAGAUGGUCACAUCUUUCCAUUCCCUUUUAAAAAUGGCAUUUCAUGCCCCAAUUCUGUUGUCUGUGUAUACCUUCUCCUUGAGAAGGAGGCUUCAGUAACUGAUGGCCUUCUCAUGGUCCUGUCUGUUUGUUAAUCUGUGUUCACAGGUCUCGGGGGAGAUUUAUGGUGGACAGAAAGUUCUGUUACUUUUUGGGUUGAAAUAGGUGAUUGAAAAGUUGGUGUAUUAGAUCGUAUUAAUCUAAUACCCCCAGACUGCUGGGGGUGCAGACAGCCUUUGUGGCUUCCCAUGAGGAAGGAGGACUUAAGUGAUGACUACCUGGAAUAGAAUGCACUCUUUUAAUGAAUAUGCUUCCUUUGUUCAGGCUCUGAGGUUGGAUUUCUGUUCCAUAGGCUCGGGUUCUUUGAUUAGAUUCACAAGGUCCGUUCUGCUGUGCACUUCGCGUCACCAGAAAUAGGACAUGAAAGUGCUUAAGAAAAAAUUGAAGCCAAGUGACUUACUCGAUCAAUGAUUGAAAUGAGAAACUGAAAAUACACAUUUGGGAAAAAUAAAGUCCCUUUGCAACUCUGUUCCUUCCUGUCCUCUCUUUUCUGCACAGAAAAAAAACCUUGUUAGCCCCCUUUAUAAAAGAGAGACAGUGCAUCAGGCUGUUUUGAUCACUGUACUUGUUUGAACCUGGAGUUCUUUGAAAUGCCAUCCACAAGUGCUCUGCAGCCCAUCAUUUUCUGCAGAUUGUGUGCAUGUUAUGAUUAUGGCUGUGAGGAGAAUCUGUGAGGAUGGGCUCCUUGCUACGGCCAUGCCAGGGAAGGACAUGUCCUUUGAGGAAGGAACCUCAGGCUAAGUUCAGCAUCCCCAGGCAUGCGGCGUUGGUUUGUUUGUUUUAUUUUGCAAAGAAAUUCUUUCCUCCCACUUCAUUUUUAGCUCUCUAUUUACAGGGGUGCAGAUGUGCUGGAGAAGUGUAUUUCAGUUCUCCUCAUAUGUAUAAGCACGCACACUUGCAUGCAGUCUUCUAUUUUCAUUCUCUUGUUAUGCAAGGGUUUAAAAUUAGUUAUAUUUGUGAAUUAAUAUAGUUCAUUGGAAUAAAUUUCAGCUAUUUUUACUCUGUAAUGAGUUUUAUCACCAUGCUAUCUGAAUAGCUCACAAACACUAUUUUUCCUCUAUACCUUGUUAACAGUGUAAAAUAUUCAUAGUCUUGAUGAUGUGAAAAUCUGGCUGGGAGAAAAAAUGGUGUGUGGUAAAUUAACUGAGGUUUUCUGCUGAUACAUGGUGUAAUGUAGUGCCACCAAAGAGGAAAAUUAUCUAGAUUUUAAUAGUACCUCAUGACAGGCGCUUCAAAAGGUGGGAUUAAAAAAAAAACAGCAUUGCUAGUGUUGUAUUUUGGUGUCAUAUUCUGAGGUUU